AGUUAUUAUCUAAAACUAUAAAAAAAUAGUUUUUAUAAUAUUUUACACCGCCUUAGAAAUGAGAACAAAUCUUUGGUAUACAAUAAUAGGCGCUAGUUUGGGUGCUAUAGGUUUAACCUAUAUAACAUACUAUAACAAUCGCAGGAAACGUUUACUUCAACCACCCAAAAAUGCCAAAUGGCAAUUAAUUGGUACGGUAGAAGAAAUAGCUAUGUAUCCGGUUAAAUCUGGUGCCGCGCUUUUAUUACAACAAGUACAAUGCAAAGUUGAUGGUUUGUAUAUAGACGAGCUGAAAGAUCGCUGUUUGGUUUUAUGUGAUGAAACGGGCCACUUUAUUUAUGCCGGCACUUAUCCAAAAAUGUUAAGUAUUAACACCGAAGUGAGACCUAAUAACACUUUAGUUAUUAAGGCUCCCGGCAUGGAAACGUUAAACCUAAAUUUGGAUGAAUUAAAAACGAAACAAAUCACAGUGAAAUAUGUUAAGGCAAAUAAAUGUCAUCUGGUGGAGGGUGAGCCAGAACAUCAUAAAUGGUUUUCAAAGGUGAUCUUAAAUAAAUCUGUGGGACUAAAAUUGUUUUUAAACAUAAAUAACGAAUCCAAAUAUAAUUUAGAUAAAACUAUGUUUAUACCCGUUAUGGUCAUGCAUAAUAAAUCGGUUACUGAUCUGAAUCAACGUUUAACUACAAAAAAUCAUGUUCAUCAUUUACAAUUUCGUGGAAAUGUUUUGAUUAAUUCAUUGAAUAAUAUUAAGUCCUAUGCUGAAGAUAACUGGAAAUGGCUGAGAUUUGGUGAGGAGAAUGUGGCCGAUAAUUGUAUAUUGCGUUAUGAGGCUCCCUGUUUAAGAUGUAUAUUAACGAAUAUUGAUAUAAAUACUUGUAAAAGGAAUCCAUCUUUCGAACCAUUAAAGACUUUGAAAGAAUAUCGUUUAAUUCAUGAUUCCAAAGAGCCAACCUUGGGUGCAUAUUACAAAGUUUUUCAAGAAGGCAAUUUUAAGAUUAAAGAUCCGGUUUAUGCUAUUAUUUCAUAAUAUUAUGUAACUAUUCCUGAUUUAGCUAAUAAAUAUUUAUUCAUAUCGAUCAUUUACUAAAA